CUCCGUCCCCAACACUGUUUGCCCGCUCGUAGGACUUCGUCGUGCGCGAUGGGAUUCCUACCCGCACUCGACAGGAUGGCGCACCUGAAGGUUAACCUCGCCACAGUCGUUCUCUUGCUGCAAGUGCUCAGCAACGCCCGGUGCCUGCAGCUGAAGGAAAUCUCGGUGCCGGAGGUGGUGGACGUGCGGGAAACCGUCACACUCACCUGCAGCUACGACAUGGGCACGCACAAGCUCAACUCGGUCAAAUGGUACAAGGACGGGCGGGAGUUUUUCCGCUACUCACCGAUGAUGCCAAGGAGUCUGAUUUACUUCGAGGUCGACGGUGUGACGGUGGACCGGAACUCCACGGAGCAGAUCUGCAACCAGUUCCUGUGCACCAUCCAGCUGCACCAGCUGAACAUUCGCUCCGGCGGCUCGUACAGCUGCGAGGUAUCGGGCGACGCACCGGAGUUUAAGCUGGCCCACGGCGUCGGCAACAUGACGGUGGCCGUUUAUCCACAGUUCGAUCCGAUCAUUAACGGGCUGCAGCAUAACGGCGUCCAGCAUAACUAUGCGCUCGGGGACUUUGUCGUUGCCAACUGCUCGUCCGAUAUGUCCAGCCCCCCGGCACGGCUCUACUGGUUCAUCAACGAUCGCAACGUUCCCUCCGACUACCUGCAGCCGCCGCACGAGACGACGGUGGAGAACGAUGGCUUUCUGCUGCGCUACCGGACGCUCGAGAUACGCUUCUACAUCGACGAGAAGCGGCUCGGCAAGCUGAAGGGCAAGCUGGCGCUGAAGUGUCUCGCCCGGAUCGACUCCAUACCGCAGGCGACGCGCGAGUCGACGCAAAUCAUCUACAUACCGACGACGGACGAGCUGCGCAACCAGAAGCUGAUCAACUGGCGUGGAUCGGAUGCUUCCACAGUGCACUGGUCGGUGGCUCCCCUGUGCCUCGUACAGCUCGUCGCCGUCCUUAGAGUGCUGUAAUCUAGCUGUGCCGUGUCCAGCAAGCAACAAGUCUCCUCUUCAAACACCAGCAGCUGUCGGAAAAUGCGAAAAGAGGCUGCGCAACCGAAAAACCGGAAACGAGCGCGUACCGGUUAAGCUAGAUAUUCUUUACACCAGAACUUGAGGGGGUGCAACGGAGGUCAUACUGGAAGGAAGGGAAAGGAAACGAUGGCCGAUGGGUAAGCCACUAGUCAUAUACUCAAAACUCAUAAACUAAACACACGGUAAAGAUAAUGAAUGAGACAAACAAACUUCUAAUCCUGUUGAUAUGUUAAAAUUCGGUUGAUAAAUACUCGUUGAUUUGCGAUCAGUUGUAACCAUUCUCCCAGCUCAUGUUAACAAAAGUGCUGGCCGGGACCGGAAGCGAAACCGGUACGGUGUUGUGUAUGCGUGUGUGGGCACUUAACCACGGCAAAACUAGAACUAGGCGGGCUAGGGUAAGAACGAACACAUAUUGCAGUUAUCAUAAGCGACGUUAGGCACAUAAAAAAAAACACAUACCAAUAGUGAAGCGGUAGAAGUAAUGUAAAUAUGGAACUGCUGCAAACAUUUGACAAAGCAAAACAAAAAAGAAAAAGGAAAACAAAAACAAGGAAACCUAAACGAAAUUAAACCAAAAUGGAAGCAACAUACAGUUAUGUAUUCCCUGGCUGCAUUCGUUUCGUUUCGGAGGUUCGAGGUGGAAAUAAGAUUGAUCGGCGUAGAACACGAAACGGUCCACUUAAAGAAAAACACUGCUAAGAGAAAGUAUUAAAAAUAACAAAAUAAUAAUGCAAGCCGCCAAAAAAUCCCGCUUUGCAAAAGCAUACUGAUACCUAAACAUAACGAAACAGGAGGACGUGUUUAAGGUAGGAAAGACAGCAGGACACAAGAGCACAGGCAUCGUUAUGCUGAAGGCGAACGGAAAACUAUCGUCAAUCUACAGAACCAUCCAAAAGGGGGGGAGAACGGAACACAACAAUGCCAACACACUCCCGGGAGGAGAGAACCUUAAACACGAAAGCCUAGCAGUUAGCUGUAGCGGGGGGUGGCGGAAGUGAAAUACGACAGCGACAGCGAGGUACUGGACGAAACGGGAUGCGUGGAACAUAUACGAAAACCCGGUGUUAGAUAGUUUUAUAGAUAUUUUUCUACAGUUUAGUUAAUGACAAAAGUUUACGGUUAGGAAAAGGCAUAUGGAUAUGCUGCUGGAUGGUUGCGUGGGUGCGUGCGUACGCGUGUGUGGGUGAGGGCGAACGAUGAUGAAUGCUUCGACGAUGCCUCGGGGAUUUGCACACGUGGGAAGGUAAAACUUCCGAUAAAGCGCAACAGCAUAAUUUGCAACAACUUCGUUUUGUACCGAGAGAGAGAGAGAGGGAGAGAGAGAGAAUAAAAGGUUCCUGCGAAUGGCGGAUCAAGCCGGAAGUGGCAGUAAAUGAUCUAUUGCCCUUGCGCACCUUCCCGUACCCAACUUGAAGAAAGAUAUGUUUUCCACACACUCUUCACACCCACCCUGGAGCUCCUCGGACUCGGAAAUCUAGGAUGGUUGUGUGAAAGAAAAACUAAAAAAAAAUAAAUAAAAUAAAAUGGUGACGCAAAGCCAAGCGGGAGCCCGAGCGCAACGGUGAAGAAGAAGAAAAAAAACCGUUCACGAACUGUCACCAGCAGAUACACCACUGACGGUUCACUUGUCGGCAGCUAUCAGGCCCGUGUCAGCAUGUUCGUUCCCAGGGAAGCGGCUGCGCGCGUCAAACUCCAAUCAUCCGGCGGGUGUUUUUUCCCCCCCCCCCCCCCCCCCCCCCCCCCCCCCCCCUCGAAAGGCGCGCCUGUCAGGCCGUGUGAGCCGAACGGUGUAAAAGACGGCACGGAAUUUGUGCACGCUAGCGGACUACACUAUAGCAACUACAUCCUUUCGGGCCGGGUCGGGUUUCCUUCGCGGAACCUUUCCCAAUUCGUCUGAACGUUCUAGAAACCCGUCGGGGUUGGGAGCUGGACUUAGCGGAGGGAGAGAGCUGUU